GGGGAACGGGCGACGCGGGGUUCCCACUUGUGCGGCGACAACCUCUCUUCACUUCCACCCGGCGGAAAGCAAAGCUCUUGACCCUCACACCGUCUCCAACCCGAACCCAAAUUGCUGGAACCACUGUGCUGAAACAUCUGGAGGGGCUGUUCCUUGUCCACGCUCUCGACUCGCCCCAAUUUGUUUGCUCCCGCCCAAGUUUGCUCGCCUCCACGACAUUAGCUGUGCUGCUGCUCGCCGACCAGCCUUCCGCUCCCGCUCCCGCCAUCCAUCCAUCACACUUUUGGAACAGCCCACCGUUCUUCAAAGGUCUAAUCCUUGCACGCCUGCCUGUGCAUCAUAUCCGCCAAGCCAUUCGCAACCCCGGAACCUGCCAGCGCCCGUCUCUCUCAGUCUUAGCGACUUCCGUCGAGCAGGGGCUCUUCACAACAAUCAUGGCUGAUGUUCCAAUGCAAGUCGUCUCGGAGAACUCUGUCUCCGAGCGACGAAUCAAUCCGGCCUGGACCAUUGGCACCCUCAAGACGCGCCUCGAGCCCAUUACUGGUAUUCCCUAUGCAUGCCAACGUCUGAGUAUCAAAGCAUCUAGCGGGGCUGCCGCAGUCCCGUUGCAAGCUGAUGAUGAGGACAAUACUUUUCUCUCUAGCUUCCCCCUCGCUGUGUAUGGCGAAAUCCAUGUAGAAGAUAGCCGACCUGCUGGAGCGCGUCCCAAUUACACGGAUACGUCGGCUGUGGAUAAGUAUGUAAUGCCUGAUGAGGAGUACGAGAGAAAGACAGACUCCGUCCUAGCAUGGAAGAAGGCACAGAAGCUUGGACGAUUUGAUCCCAACGCUCCCGAGCAGGAAAAGGCGCGCUUAUCUGCUAUUGAAGACGAAGUCCGUCAACGUGGAAUCGAAGUCGGCAAAAGAUGCCGUGUUGGUGGCGACGACAGCCGCCGUGGCAUCAUCAAGUAUGUCGGCGCUGUCAACGAAAUCCCCAACGGCGCUGGACACUGGGUCGGCGUUCACCUGGAUGAGCCCGUUGGAAAGAAUGACGGUGCCAUUGCUGGUACAAGAUACUGGGGUGAAGAGUCAACUAUGAAACAUGGCGUCUUUGUACGUCCCGAGCGAGUAGAGGCAGGUGAUUACCCUGUAAUGGACAACCUCGAGGACAUGGAAGAGAUUUAAAAGUAGUGGUUUAUUUUGACACUUGCCUGACGAUUCAAAAGUUAUAUCCUAGGUUUUACACAUACAAUGAUACCAAAAUAUUAUAUAUGGGAUGAUGAAAUUUCGAACAAAUCUUUGGCCGCCUGUUUCGUAUAAUGCAGAACUGUCUUGCGCUGUGACAAAGAAAGUCUCUUUUCAAUUUGAAUCUGGGCUAUCGGCUUAUUUCUGCUGUGUAUUCCAAGAUUUCCAAAGCGAAUAGGAGAUACAGCUACUGGACUUAAUUUAUGCCGCAAAUAGUUGACGACACACAUCUUGAAGCACCGCGGCUGCCGUGG